UGAACUUAAAAACUACAGCCCGUGUGUGUAGUACCUCUUUAUCCCGAAUAUAAUUCUCUUCGACCUCGUGAUGUUUUCCAUCGACUUGAAAGACAAGUAAUUAGGAAAAUACGUUUUUUGGACAACUGGAUCCAGGUUCGAAGAUCGUGUCUGUCAGGAAGAUGAGGCUCUCAUUAGCGGCAUGUUUGUUACUUUUAUACCUCUGUGAUCAUUCUGUGGGGACCGCUGAGGGUUCUCCGAGGAUGAUACUCACAGUAAAAGAAACAAAAAUGAAAAGGUUCAAUCUUCAGGACAAGCCACCUGUACAGAUUCUUCUAGAAGGGCAGCCGGACACAGUUUUAGCUGCUGGACAAACAGACCUGAAUACCUACAACUUUCAAAACAGUGAGAAGUCACAGAAUCAUAUAGUUAUGCGGUGGAAGGAAUGCAACGGUGAACACAGUGAACAGGAUUGCAGCUAUAACAUCACUUUGGUCCACCCGAGGGAAGACACUAACCAGCUGUUUGUUUGUGGAACCAAUGACAGGGAAACAGUUUGCUGUAACACGGACUUAACAGAGUCGCCCUUGUGCGCUCCCUCUGAAAAUAUGAAGAGUUUAAGAGAUGGAAUAAGCAGAUUUAUCAUAAAGAAGGGUGAACCGUCAGCCCUUGUGGAAUCUGAACAAAGUACAGAUCUCUACAUAACAAACUCUGGAUCUCAAGAUAAUGUUGGCAUUCACAAGUUUGGGAAAGGAAGAGUGCAGCCAUCAGCCCACCAUAAAGAGCAGUAUUAUGUAGGUUUGGUGCUCAGCAGACGCAAAGAGGAUCCCUCCCAGAGCAGAGUUUAUGGCUUCUAUAAGGAGAAAAACAAAGACCGUGGACUGUACAGUAAAUUGUGGCUCCCCUUUGUGACUCAGGUUUGCAUGACAGAUGUUGGUGGUUCUAAGAACAACCUGCAGUUUAUCUGGACAUCCCAGAUGAGUGCCAGGCUCUUCUGUGGAGACCCUGAGAGAGGACAGUAUUACUCUGAGCUCGUAGAUGUGGCCACUGUGCAUGCAGAGCGAUGGCAGGAUACUAAGAUCUACGCACUCUUUAGAAACGAAUGGGGAAUGAGUGCUGUUUGCGUCUACACAAUAGAAGACAUCAGCAAAAUCUUCACAAACUCCACCUUCAAAAACCACGCAAGAGACCAACUAGAUGUUCCAAGGAGGUGUGCUCCUGACAGCACCAAGAUACCAGUGGACAUCCUGAAGAAGAUCGCUCAGACUUCAGAGAUGGAGCAGUCGGUUCAGCCUCUGGGCGGCUCUGGCCUUCUUCACUUUAAUCGCCACACGUACACUCACAUCCGUGUUGAUAGUUCACCAAGCAAGAGAAGCAUUAACAGCACUGUUAUCUUCUUAUCUUUAGAGGAUGGAAGAAUCCAUAAAGUACUGCAGAAUGAAAGUCACACCUAUGUCAUCGCUGAGUAUCAACCAUUCGAGCACAAAGAACACGUCCUCAGCUUCAUCCUCCAUCCUGCCUCUAAAAAGCUGUAUGUGACCAGUGACAGUGAACUGGUCCAGCUUGAUGCGAAAAACUGUGACCAUUACGGAAACACCUGCCAGGACUGCAUCUUAUCCAGAGAUCCUUACUGCGGCUGGAACGGCAGCCACUGCACCCCUGAGACAAAGGAGAUGUGGCAUGAUGCGGUCACUGGGGAUGUUUCCAUCUGCGAAAAACCCUCUGCAGAAGCGUUGUAUAGCAAUCCAAGUCCAGACAAAAAUGCAGUCACUGUCAGACUUCACUCAAAGCAUUUCCUGCGAUGCCCAAUGCUGUCCCAUCAUGCUCAGUACACUUGGUGGCACCUUGAAAACUCCACAUCCUGCAUCUUGAAAGGGAAUGAAUGCCUUUAUCUGAUCGACAGCGUGAACGGUGAGCAUGAGGGAAUUCAUGAGUGUAUAUCAGAGGAGAAGGGUUACAGGAAAGUAGUGGCAAAGUACCAACUACAGCUGGAGAACAAGGCAGCGGGUGGACAGUCAAAGCCAAUGAUCUGGGUUGGUCUAAUGGUGGUUCUGAUUAUGAGUUUGUCCUGUUAGUUCUUCACAAAGGUUUCACAGGUUUCAGUUUUGGAGAGAGACUGAAUCCAAAAUUGCCACUGAUGUAUCGAUCUGUGUCAGAGAGAGUUAAAAACUAUUGUGGGUGCAGAAUAAAUUAGUGAGUGUGAAAAGUUAAAUGAAGCACAUAAAAUAAAUGUUUUUAGUGCUCUGUAAAUGUACUCCAUCUACAUAAUGUCUUUCAGUUUCAGUUAUUACAGUAAUACAUUUUUAUAAAAUAGACUUUUCACUUUUGAUAACUUUUUAAAUGUUCCUGUUUUUCCUGUUCCUGUUUUUUUUUUCUCCCGAAACCUUUUAUAACUCUGUUGAAGCUUCAUUGCACUUGGUGGUGGUGGUGGUGGGGGGGUGUCACAUGGUGCCAAGUAGGUUUGGAUAGCUUCUUUUUUUUCAUAAUUUAAAGACUGCAUUCUGUAAUUAUAUUUGUCAAACCAAGGAAGUCUGUGACGGGUCAGGUACUUCACUGCACUGUGCCUUACAUCUGUUUCCUGUAAUGUGAAAUUCUAGCAGAAUAUACAUUUUGCACUUUAAAAAUUUCCUGUUAUGUGUACUACCUCAGGCCAUGAGAUUUGCAUUUCUGCAAACUGAGCCCGUCUUUGUCAAGACUUCUGUUUGUUAAUACUGGAAAACAUUGCUGAGGUGUUGAAAGCGCUUUUAGACGCCUAUUUUUGGAGUGUGAUUCUCAGUACAGAGCUAACACAUUUUUACUCUCAAAGGACUUUCAUAUUGUUACUCUUUAGUUCUUGAGCAGUAUUUGAAUUAACCCUGUGUACACAUAUGGCAACAUUACAUUUUGGCUUUAUUGCACCUUAUAAUUCAUCCUGCUCCAUCGUGUUUUAUAUUGUGUUGACUUUGUUGUCUUAUACUGUAAAAUAAACCCAUUGUCACCA